CCGGCGAGCCUUUCAAAGUCUUGGGUCUGAGUUGAGUCCCUAAGAAACCAUGUCGGCCGUCAUAGGCAAACUGCACUCACCUCUCAUUUAAUAUAAAACGAAUUCUCCAUGAAAUAACACGAAGCCUCGGCCUCAGCUAUGGCCAACUCGGGUGCUGUACAGGUGAAACUGGAACUUGGUCAUCGUGCCCAGGUCAGAAAGAAACCCACGGUGGAAGGGUUCACCCACGACUGGAUGGUGUUUGUGCGAGGACCAGAGCACAGCAACAUCCAGCACUUUGUGGAGAAAGUGGUUUUUCAUCUGCACGAAAGCUUCCCGAAACCAAAGCGAGUGUGCAAGGAUCCACCGUACAAAGUGGAGGAAUCUGGAUACGCAGGCUUCAUCUUGCCCAUCGAAGUUUAUUUCAGAAACAAGGAAGAACCGAAGAAAGUUCGCUUUGAUUAUGACUUGUUCCUCCACCUGGAAGGUCACCCGCCCGUCAAUCACCUCCGCUGUGAGAAGCUCACCUUCAACAAUCCAACAGAGGAGUUUCGUAGGAAGUUACUGAAAGCUGGAGGGCAACGAAAUCCUCACAAACGAAGUUCAGAAGACUCAAAGGUGAUGAUAAUGCAGGAGGGCUCAACCUCCCUGUUUGGCUCCCACCUCAAGCUGGCAACACUUCCCAACAGCUCUGACACAAAGAAAAGCAAAGGCUUUAAUGCCUCCAAGGAUGGCUCUACAGGAAACGCUUUCCUCAUCAUGGCCACAACCACCAGCACUGACAACAGCAGCAUCUCCAAACUCCACAAGCCAUUAAAGGACCAUAAAGACAAGACCCCAAAAGAUUUAAAAGACCCCAAAAGUGCCUUCAGGGACUCGGGCUGGGAACCCGGAAAAGCCCUCAAAGAAUCUUCCAGGAAACCCAAAGAGAACCAGCCACUCAGAGAGAUCAAUCCUAAGAUGGGCUUCAAGCAGCCCAAGUCUUUGUCUAAGGAGCGUAGGACCGAGGGGAUAACUCAUGGGUCGAGGUUAAACAAGCGCUUGUCCGGCCUCGAAGGUGACGAUCACAGGACCAAAAGACGCAAAAAAGGGUUCAUGAAUUCCUCGGAAAUGCAGAUUUCAGAGUUAGACGGUCAGUGUUUGGAUAAGAAACUACUGAGAGACAGAUCGCAGGUGCACACCAGUAAGCUACGAGCAGAAAGCGAGGACGCAGACCUCAGGAGGGUGUCCACGCUGCCGCCAUUCCAGGACCUGGUCGAUGCUAAUGACUCUGAUAUGGAGGACCAGUCUGCCAGAUCAGAUUCUGAGCAGCCCAGUCCAGCCGGUUCCAGCUCCAGUUCAAGCUUUGCUCCUACACCCCACAAACGGCAAGUGCUUGGCCCACUGCAGUCAGUGAUGCAGGAUCUGCACUCGGAUGACGACGAUGACGAUUCAGAGGACGACAACGACGACGUGGAUUCAGACACGGAUCGAGCAGCCCACACACACCUCACACACCACCAGCACAGGAUUAAUUUAAGUGAUGGCAGCAGAAGUGACAGCUCCUCCCAUUCCCCGCUGUCAUGCAGUGAGGCCCCGCCCUUAUUAAAGUCUACUAAUAACCAGAUAGUGGAAGUAAAAAGUCCCACCAAGCAGAGCAAGCAAGACAAGAGCAAAAGCAUGGAGUGUGAUAAGGCUUACCUGGAUGAGCUGGUGGAGCUGCAUAAAAGACUAAUGACACUAAGAGAAGGUCACAUACUGCAACAGAUUGUAAACCUGAUUGAAGAGACCGGACACUUCCACAUUACAAACACUACGUUUGACUUUGACCUUUGCUCUUUGGACAGAAGUACAGUAAGGAAGCUGCAGAGCUAUCUCGGGACGUCCUGAGGCUCGGAGCAGUCGGGUGCUGGAUCCGAGCCUCUGACUCGUCCUGAAUCAGUUCCAGCUGUAGUUGGCGUGUCUAAACCUCACAGUGGAUCCAGCCUCUGCUUCGACCCCCCUGAACAAAGAGUUCACCCUGCUGCAGAAAUCGGGGGUAGAUGUACGAGAUCAGGAUGUCAGCAGGCAACAAUCUGAAAACUUGAUAUGAAGGGUUGGUGGGUGGGAGUGAUUCUGCUGCCAUGUAUGUUGUUGUUUAUCGUGACAAAUGCAUGAUCAACUUUGCCUUACAACAUUGUACGUCUUAUUUAUUAAAUUUAAUUUGCAGGUGUGUGUGUGUGUGUGUGUGUGUGUGUGUUGGGUGGAAAAAAGUGAAACAGGACUUUGUUGAAGAGCUCUAUAAGGCACAAGUCUGACCAGUAACACUACUCUGCUUCAGUCUCCAAUCAGAUAUCCGAUUCAUUCAUUUCCCUGGGAUCAAACAGCGUCCACACAGAUGCAUCUCUGUUAUUCUGUUUUGUUGUGUGCGACCUCACAGUUUGCAAAGACGUGUGAAAUAUGAAGAAGAAUCCAACUGGAGAUCUGGAUACAAAGAGACACAUCAUGGCGAGCGUGCUGAGUUGAGAGCGCCGUCGUCUGAAAACUAAAAGUUGAGAAGUGUUUCUCCAGUUUGUUGGUCUGGAGUUAAAGCUUUAAAAAACCUUUAUUUGUAAGUGUGUCUUUAUUAAAGCCACCUUUAUGCAAA